AUGGAAUAUGAGGACGUUUUAACUAAUCAACCUGUUGUCAUCGACAAUGGGUCAGGUGUCAUUAAAGCCGGUCUACCCACUAAUAUUUUUUGGGAUAAAAAAAAAAAUAGCGUUGGACGACCUAAACACGUUCGUAUCAUGGCCGGUGCGGUUGAAGGUGAUCUCUUUAUUGGGC